GCAUCUUACCAUGGUGAUACCAAAUCAUAUCUUUAGAGGAUGAGAUAUGGGAUGCAAAGGACCCAGGCUACUGCUACCCUACAAGUUCUUACAGGAUGAAGCAGUUAUCGUUUCUAAAAAAUGUCUCUCCAAGGCUUACGAAUAGGAUAACCUCUCAAAUACAUCAUGAUUUCCGAGUCCAAAUUCUUCAUUUCCCUUUCCCACAUUAAUACUAAAUCAAUUGCUCGCCCACCCGGCAGACGCCAUACGUUAGGUUAGAGGGAUUUCACUCGUAUUGCGCACAAUACGAUACCUACCAUAACCCUUCUUAUACCAACAUGUCGGCGGAGCAAUUCAGCACCCUCUCGCCUGCGGACCAAGAAGCAAUACUCAAUGGACCUGCGUUGACACCCCCGCCAGGGGUCUUCCCCAACUUCGUAGACCCGCCGAAUAAAACGGCUAUGGCCUUCGCGGCGGUUACCAUCUGUCUCGUCGUAUCGACGCUCGCCGUGAUCAUUCGCCUGUAUUCCAGGUUCAUAUGUACUAGAACACCAAAAUUUGAAGACUACCUGGUCGUGGCAGCUUUUGGAACUUAUGUUGGGUACAUCUACGUUACUUACUGGCUACUCGACAUCAUCGGAUUUUUCGUGCAUCAAUGGGAUAUCCGAGUUAAGGAUAUGACGACGCAUUUAUACAUCGUUCAUCUCGGAACAAACCUAUACUCCGCCACGAUGAUUGUCAUGAAAGCGUCGAUCCCGAAGGAGUGGUGCCGCAUCUUCUCCCCGCACCGAUCGCGACCCGUCUUCUACUGGAUCUGCCAUGUCAUCAUAGUCAUGAACAUCCUGUUCUACAGCGUGGCCGUCGUCGUCGAGAACGUCUCCUGCUUCCCGCACAAGCGCAUAUGGGACCAGCUGGUCCCGGGAAGCCAGUGCCUCAACAUCAACGCGAUUCUCAUCGCCGGGGCAACUAUCAACAUAAUUCUCGACUUCGUCAUUUUGGUGCUUCCGCAGAGGGUUAUCUGGGGCCUGCAGAUGUCGAGAAACAAGAAGAUUGGUGUUUCCCUGGUUUUUACAAUCGGGCUUUUUGCCUGCGCAUCCGCAGUUUCUCGACUCGCCUACACGAUCAAGUACUACUUCGCAGUGGACAAGGCGUACUGGCUGGGCGCGCUAUCGCUCUGGUGCAUCGCGGAGAUGACGUGCAUGUUCCUCAUCUUCGCGGGGCCGGCGAUGCCCGCGGCCUUCAAGGGGUCGUGGAUCCUCUCCGUCCUCUUUUCCACGUUCCGGACGCUGCGGGGCAGCACCAAGAAAGCCAGCAACGGCUCGUCCGAGUACAAGCACCACCGCAGCUGGCAGCGCUCCGCGCAUCGCAAGAAGCAGAACACGUUCAAGCGCUACCAGAAGAUCGGCGACAUCAGCGUGCCCCUCACCACCAUAUCCUCCCUCGAGCCCGCUACCAUGGCGGGGCCCGAGCUGCCUGAGCCGAGCCACCCGGGGGCGUAUGAGGGGCCCGAGACGGGGAUCAUGUUUACCAAGGAGUUUAGCGUGAGGAAGGAGGUGGUGGCUGGCGGGGACGACACGAAGGAUUUCAAGAAGCCGCAGCACCCUUGGGAACCUGGGCCUCACGCGCUAUAAUACAUAUCUAGUAGGUAGGGGAGGGAAGGUUCAUUACUGGUUGGUUAUUUACUUAGUAGUCGCCGGCGCAAGCGCACAUAUGUAGAAGUUACUAAGCUAAAAAAGCGUGGAUGAUGUGUUUCAUGUUGUACAGUAUCAUGAUAUUUUGAGUAACGUGUAAAAAAUACUAAGGUUAGGUCGGGUAUGUCCUCAAGUACCAACAAGGCGCAGGGACAUUGUCGUCUAGAUUUACCCGGUUUGGCCUUUACGCCUUUACGCUAGCAUUCCUACGACAAUAUAGCUUUAACCUCUUUUAAAAGGUUGUAAA